AACCGGUGGAGCAUUUCCAAUAAUAGAAAUCAUAUAAAAAACAAAAUUAAAAUAUAUAUUUUAUAUGAUAAUGGCAACCGCGGUCAAAGAAUGCCAGCAGCUACAGCCGCGCGCAAUUUUCGGCAUCAAUGGCAAAGUGGAGAACGGCGUGCGUCAGCAUCCCAUUACCCAGGCGGCCAUAUUUCCACUGGGCAACAAGAUUGCCAUUGCCGACUUCAAAAAGAACACACAGGAAUUCGUUGCCGGACACACAAACAGCAUAUCCUGCCUGGAUGUCAGCAAGAGCGGCAAGCAUAUCGCCUCCGGCCAGGUCAAUCACAUGGGCUUUCGCGGCUACGUCAUCGUAUGGGAUUAUGAGUCGCGCAAGGAGAUCGGACGUCACGAUCUGCACAAAGUGAAAGUGCAGGCCAUUUGCUUUACGGCCGAGGAACGCUUUGUCAUCUCCAUUGGAGGCAAGGACGACGGUUCCGUCAUCGUAUUCGAUAUGCAAACAUUCACGCCCAUUUGCCGCCAGCCCGCCUCGCGCGCCAUUUCUGGAAAUGCCCUUACUGUGCGUCCGUUACAUAACAAUCCAUUUUUCUUUCUAACCGCCGGCGAUCGGCACCUGCGCCUGUGGAGCAUUCUACGCGAGCAGAAGAAGCUGUACGUGCAGGAUGUCCAGUUGGCCAGCAAGUCGCGCCAGUUCUACUGUGCCCGCAUCGAUAAGAAGGAUGAGUUCGCCUAUCUGGGCACCGGCACGGGCGAUAUUGUUAAGAUCGUGCUCAACUGCUGCGACAGGGACAAUGUGACCCGACCAGGUUCAUCUAGCGGCAUACUGGGCGCCUUCGGCACACAUAAUCCACGCAAGCCCACGGGUCGCGAUUGCAAUCGCUAUGUGAACGGCGUGCGUGCAAUAUAUGUGCUGGAGGAGGGACGUCUGCUAAUUGGUGCCGGCGAUGGUGAGGUGGAGCUGGUGGAGGAGCGCACGGAGAUACCAUUGAUCAAUUUCCGAGAAUAUCCGGGACCCACAUGGCCCUACUUGCGCACGGUGAAGAGAACCCGCGUUUCGGGUCGCAUCUCUUCGUUUGUGCGCUCCACGCCAGAGAAAUUCUACAUCUGCACGGACACCAACGAGAUUUACAUGCUGAACAUAUCAACCUGGGUGCUAAAGCUGCUGCGCACAUGUCACGCCAAGGCAGUCUACUUUAUUACAUUUCCCAAAAACUAUGCAGCUGUUUUUGCCACCGCGGGCCAUGAGAGCAUACGCAUCUGGUCCCUGAAUCGCAAGCAGGAGCUGCUGCGCAUCAUGGUAUAUAACUUUAACUGCGCUGCGGUGCGCUUCGCCCAGGAUGGCACCAGCAUUGUGUCCGUGUGGAAUGAUGGCAUCAUACGCGCCUUUACGCCCAUCACUGGCCGUCUCAUCUAUGCCAUACCCAAUGCUCACAAUAAGGGCUGUAGUGCAUUGGCGGUAGCUUCAACUGGCCGCUUCAUCGUAACUGGCGGCAUCGAGGGACAGGUGCGCGUGUGGAAGAUCGAGCCAUAUCGUCAGGAUCUAGUCGGCGUGCUAAAGGAUCACUCGGGUCCCAUUACCUCGCUGGACAUCAACUAUCUGGACACUGAAGUGAUUUCCGCCUGCACUGACGGCUCCUGCGUCAUUUGGGACAUCAAUCGCAUGACCCGCAAGCAGGUGGUCACUUCCAACACGCAGUUCAUGUCCGUCCUAUACUUCCCGACUGGAGUACAGAUACUCACGUGCGGCUCGGAUGGCAGAAUCAUCUACUGGAUGGUGUACAACGGAGCACUGAUACGCGAGCUGACCGCCUCGAAGAAGUCAUCUGUGAACUGUUUGUCGAUGAAUGCCACCGGCGACUAUUUUGUUAGCGUUGGCAGCGAUCUGCAAGUGAAGCUGUGGGAUUACAACAGCGGCGAUGUGGUGGGCGUGGGAUCGGAACAUGCCUCGUCUGUGAUCAGCGCUGCGUACAGUCCCUGCGGCAAGAUGUUUGUCACAGGCAGCACGGAUGGCUCACUGAUCAUUUGGGAUGUGCCCCAGGAAUAUUGGGGUAGUCCCAAUCCAGCCGAUGGGCCCAGCUACCAGCUGCCCAAGGCCCAGCCGAAAGGCAAGGUAGUUCAGUCACGCGUCGACUCCGGCACACGUUUGAAGCCUGCGCCCGGCGAGAAUAUCAAUGGUCUGCUCAAAGCAACGCCCAAGGAUGACAUCUGCUGUGUUGAGUGUCCGCCCUGCGCCAAGAAGGAAGCCAAGGCUGCUGAUCCCUUCGCCGAGUGCAAGAUUGUGCCGGAUGUCAGGAAGUGUUAGGUGAUUUAAUAAUUAUCUAAUAUUUUGCUUAACACUGUUCAAAGCAUUUGCUUGAAAUAAAUACAAAGAGCAUGUACUAAAA